UAUUUUGAGAGAAAUGGAUAGUCAAUUUUUACUUUGACAGCCAAAUGGACAAUCAACCAAAUUUUGACAGCCAAAUGGAUAGUCAAUCCUACUUUGACAGUCAAAUGGACAGUCAACCCUAUUUUGACAGCCAAAUGGACAGUCAACUCUAUUUUGACAGCCAAAUGGACAGUCAACCAUACAUUGACAGCCAAUAUAAUGGAAUUGUUGAGGAUACUCCUGAAUCAUUAUGGGAUUGUCCAUCUCGGAGUCCUCUAAGGAAGAAGUUGACAACAUCAAGGAAUCAUAUUGCAAUCCCCCAAGACAUUCCAUUGCCUAAAAAUGAAGUCAACGUUGUUUGCCAAAUAUGUGAUAUUUCUGGAAAUGUUGCUACUAUAUGCCCGCAACGAUAUAAAGUAACUUGUCAACUGUGUAACCGUGAGGGUCAUACUGCAAAAGUUUGCCCAAAUCGCUACCGAUCAAAAAGGGCAAAAAUAUGACAUAAGGACCCGAACUUACACCAAAUUCGCAAUUUCGGACCCAAACUUUGAUUGCACUCAAUGAAGGUCCCGAACUCCA